AUGGACCCGGCCAGAAAGCGCCAAAAAGUUUCAUCCGCCUGUGAGAGGUGUCGGAAGCGCAAGCUAGGGUGUGAUCAACAACGCCCGUGCCAGUUAUGUCUCCGAGCCGGCGUAACAUGUGUUCCGCGUGGGGAGCCCGUGGCUCGAGCAUCUCCGACGAUUUCAAAUCCUGCGCCAGUUGAGCAAGGAGGAACUUACGGUGAAGGACGAACUGCUCCCAUUCUUCCGAACGAUCGACGUACGGCAGUUCUCCCGGAGUUGAAUAUUGUCGACCUGAGUACCCGGAUGUUUUCGCGCGAUGAACAACAUCAAACACUAGGGUACGACACCUCCGCCUUGCCCGGAGGUAAGAAGACAUACAGCCCUCUCCUCUCCAGUCCGAUACCAUGGAGAGAUGGAAUUGGUGUCCAGCUGCCUCCACGGCAAGUCCUAAAUGAACUCAUUACCCAGUUCUUCGACUCUGUAGAUUGGUUUAUGAUGGUAUGCGCUGUUCUUGUGAUAUUAUUAGCGAUCUUCUUUACCACGUAUCCCGAUGGGAGCUUCCGACAGCGCUACGAGAGUCUGAUUGACUCGGUGCAUGUUGCUGGACCCGAUACCAACUUUCUGUGGCUUGUGUUGCUAGUCCUCGCUCUCGGUGCUCACUAUUCGUCCCUGCGUGAGCCUUUCGAUGGUCAUGGCCAGAACUUAUCUGUCCUAUCUGAGAAACUCCUUACCCAGAUCGAAUACAGAUUCUUGCAGAUCAUUGGGUGUCCGAACGUCGAAGCUGUGCAGGUUUGCGUGCUCCUGGGAAGUUUCCACCUGUUCAACGGUCGUCCGACUGUUGGCAUGGGCGUCUUAGGAGGUGGCAUUAAAAUUGCGCAGGUCAUUGGAUUGCAUCGUGAAUCAAUGUGGCCCAAUCUUUCUGAAGUCGCACGAGAGUCUAGAAGACGGUCAUGGUGGGCAUUGGAAGUUUUCGACAAGUAUGCAGCUGUGGCCUUCGGGAGGCCAUGUAGUAUAGACGACUCUGAUUGUAACAUUGGCUUGGUAACGGACGUUGGGGAAAUAAGUCCUCGGCAGACUCCUCUCCUAACAUAUCAUCAAUGGAAAUUUAGACUCUAUCGCAUCAUGGGCCCCUUUCUGGGCAGGCGGCUUCAAACUAAUCGAAUGGACACAGUCAAGGCCAUUCAUGAUCAGCUCGUCACAUGGGAGAGAGAAUUGCCUAAUAGCCUACGUCUGGAAACCUACAAGAAAGACAGCAGCUCGGGACAUCCACCAUUAAUACAGCUGGCGGCUCUUGCUCUACAGCUGACUUACGAUAACCUUCGCAUAAUCCUUCAUCGAAGUGUUGCAUUUGGAGUUUUUGAACAUGAAGCUGGCUCAGACGGAAAGGUCGUCGAGACCGAAAGCUCUGCCUUCUCCCGUCAACAGCUACUGGAGUCUGCAUUACGAACCUCGGAACUGUAUCGAUAUUCUCAUCUUCUGCAAGCCUCUCGCAGGACACAUGCCGUGAUGCAUAUUGGGAUAUGCCUGUUUACAUCCGGUGUCGUACUGUGCGCACUCUCCCUCAUGGAACCAUUAUCCAUAACCAGCCAGAAGGCAAAGGCAGGCAUCAUGCAAAUCAUUCGACUACAGAAGGAAAGAGUUUCGAAACAUCAUGUCCUAUCACUACAAAGCGUCAAGAUACUUGAAGAUUUGGUCAACGUUGUCCUGCAGGCUGAACAACGAACAAUUCUUGGUAACCCGGUCCCAGCGUCUACCUCUCAGCCGAAACCAAUAGAAAGGCACGUGGAUGAAAGUGAAUAUGCCAACUUGAAUCAAACACAGACAAAUCAGAAGGGCAACUUAGGGGGUGUGGUGACGACUGCCCAAGUGUCUCUUACACCUCUUCAAGAAGUCGACUCCGGACUUGCCGAUGCCAGUCAGCUUUGGCUCUGGUCCGAUAAUCUGGGUUAUCAGUCUUUUGCUGAACUUAGUGAUACUACAGUGAGGCAGCAGUGGUCUACCUGCUAAUUCCGGCAACCCGUACCAUGUCACCCUGCAAAGCCAAUAUGAUAGAAACUGUGCAUCACUCUGAUUCUGAAAUAACAAACCAUACCUUGGCCGAUAUUCGCCAUUCAUUCUGUGUACGACAUCGUUGCAGUACCAAUGGAGCUGAAGAAAGUAAAAUCGACAUUCGCCAAUGAAUGCUUUGACAGUAUUACAAAACGCCUACUAAGAAGUAUAAAGUUGCAUAUGGUCCUUUUGAGGCUCACCCCAGACACCAGCCAGGAGAACCUAUACCUAGGUGCCACUCCAACUAUCUCCGUGCAAAGAGCACCGAUGCAGAUAAAUUCUAUUUGAUAAUCCACGAGUGGAUCCAUGAAUAAACUAACUUUAUGCUAGUGCGAAUACCUAGGGUCAUUCUUUGCGGUUUUAAUGGUCAGCUCACCUGUAACCUCGAU